AUGGUGGACAGAGCGUACAGGAAGGUUGCGGUGCAACAGUCGGUGAUGCCCGAGUACACGGAGCUUGCAAUGUACAAGCUUGACAACGUGCACGAGCAGAUCGAGUCCUACGUGGCGGACGUCGUGCGCAUGAUGCAGAUUGUGGCCGGCAGUUCCCUGGCGGCCCUGGUUUGCAGUGACGCUUCAGGCAUCGCGGUCGACUGCUACAGUCUGGCAGGGGAAGCGUUGUGCCACGUAGACGGUUUGCCAGCCGACGCCAGCCUGGAAGAUGUUGAAAGUGCCUUGAAGGCGGAGUUGGGCGUUGGCAGGUUCUUCUUCGACAUCUUCGACGACUCCGGAGAGAAGGUCGAGAGCAAGAGCUCUGAGCUUGCGAGAAUCGUGCUCAGGGUGCGCGUCGAUGGCUUUGAACUGUGCCGAAAGCAUCUGGCGGCCAUGGAUGACGAAGCCUUCAAUCCCAGGUCCCCGAAGUUCAACAGAUCCUGGAUUCCCAACGAAGCACCGGAGGUACCUACCGCCCAGUUGGUGCCCUUACUCGAAAGUUUGGGGGUCUCAGACGGCGUGGCCUCCAUCAAGUUCAUGAAGGUCUACUCACGCCUUGUGUCGAUAGCAGAGGAGUGGAACAUGUUCAACUUGGCCUUGCUUCAGAAUUUCGACGGUGGCUUGAAGACUUUCAAACAUGAACUGUGCCAGCACUGGCUUGACGUAGCACGGGUCUCCGCGACUCAGCACGUAUCACACCUUCCUGUUCCGCCCGUUCUGCUGCUGCUGUGCAGAAAUAACUGUGGGGCUGUCGCCGACGGCUCGCCUUGUAUUUCGAUCGACCCGAUCAGUUGUCGGUUCCCUUUGAACUUCAGCGGAGACUUGCAGUUCUCACUCCAUAUACUGGACAUGGACGCAAGGUCUGGUGCCAAAGCGCUGCGGUCGCUGCUUGCGAGUGCGGCUUCGCUGGAAUGGGAAGAAGAGCGGAAGGCCAUUUCAACUGAGGUGAUGCACGAAGCGCUUCGUGUCGAUGUUGAGCGUGAGGAGUUGCUGAGCCCACUCCCAAGCCAAGAGGACAUCGUCCGGAUGGCGCACGUGCAGCUGCGCCUGUCCUGCGGCCUGGUUCCUGUGGACGUGGAAGGAAGCGUGGCCCAACCUCUCCUGGCAUUCACAGCUAAGUUGCUGCGGUGGCACCUGAUGGUUCUCCGCUUCACUGAGCAAGCGCUGGUUUAUGAAGGCAACCAGUCGUCUCCUCCAGAGGAGGGGAGCUUGGAGCACCACCUUGGAGCUUGGAUGAAGAAGCCGAAGGACCCGAAGAUGCGAGGAGUCCUGAUCGUGGUCCUGGACCUCCCAAGUAGUCAUGCUCUGGGUGAUCUGUGCGAAAAACUGAGCCGCAAGGCCACUGAGGGUGCCCUUGUUCGCUUCAUCCUGUGUACAGAAGGCAUGAUGCAGGUUGUGGCCGGCAGUUCCCUGACGGCUCUGGUUCGCAGUGACACUUCAGGCAUCACGGUCGACUGCUACAGCCUGGCAGGGGAAGCGUUGUGCCACGUAGACGGUUUGCCAGCGGAUGCCACCUUGGAAGAUGUGGAAGAUGCCUUGAAGGCCGAGCUGGGCGUUGGCUGGUUCUUCUUCGACAUCUUCGACGACUCCAAGCAGGUCGAGAGCAAGAGCUCCGAACUUGCGCGUGCCCAUGGGCGAACCUGGGACAAGGCCUUUAGAAUUGUGCUCGUGGUGCGCGAUGGCUUUGAGCUGUGCCGAAAGCAUCUGGCGGCCAUGGCUGACGAAGCCUUCAAUCCCAGUUCCGCGAGGUUCAACAGAUCCUGGACUCCCCUGACGGCGCCGGAGGUAGAUCAUCUCCAGUCGAUGCCCUUACUCGAGAGUUGGGGGGUCUCAGACGGCGUGGCCUCCAUCAAGUUCAUGGAGGUCUACUCACGCCUUGUGUCGAUAGCAGAGGAGUGGAACAUGUUCAACUUAGCCUUGCUGCAAAACUUUCCUGGCUUGAAGACGUUCAAGCAUGAGCUGUGCCAGCACUGGCUUGACGUAGCACGGGCCUGCGCGACUCAACGGGUAUCACGCCUUCCGGCGCCGCUCGUUCUGCUGUGCAGAAGCAUACAAGGGGGAGUCGUCGACUGCCCUGGCUUUUCGCUCGACCCGACCCUUCUGCCGUUCCCUGCGGACUUCAGCGGAGAAUUGCAGAACGCACUCCAUAUAAAUGACAAGCACGCACGGUCUGGUGCCGCUGUGCUCCGGCAGCUGCUUCUGAGUGCAGCCACGCUGGAGUGGAAAUUGGAGAGGAAGGCCAUGUCCAACGAGGUGAUGCAAGAAGCGUUCCGUGUCGAUGUUGAGCGUGAGGAGUUGCUGAGCCCACUCCCAAGCCAAGAGGACAUCGUCCGGAUGGCACACGUGCAGCUGCGCCUGUCCUGCGGCUUACCUGUCGACGUGGAAGGAAGCUUGCCCCAACCUCUCCUGGCAUUCACGGCCAAGUUGCUGCGGUGGCACCUGAUGGUUCUCCGCUUCACUGAGCAAGCGCUGGUUUAUGAAGGCAACCAGUCGUCGCCUCCAGAGGAGGGGAGCUUGGAGCACCACCUUGGAGCUUGGAUGAAGAAGCCGAAGGACCCGAAAGCACGAGGAGUCCUGAUCGUGGUCCUGGACCUUCCAAGUAGUCAUGCUCUGGGUGAUCUGUGCGAAAAACUGAGCCGCAAGGCCACUGAGGGUGCCCUUGCUCGCUUCAUCCUGUGUACAGAAGGAUAG